UGCAUGUAGCUUGUUGCCUCCAUAGAUCGAUCUCGACCACUGUCACCAUCGCCGGCGACUCCAAGUCGCCUGCCACGAAGAUUGGCAAAGGCAGCAACCGUCACGAACGCCGCAAAGAUACAGCCGAUGCCUCAUCAUCAAGGAUCUAGGGACGUCCUCCUUAUUCACCUCGAUAUCUGCGAUGCCAUGUUUCUCACAUAAAUCGUCUCGUCGUCUCUCCUCUCCCCAGGAUCAAUCUAUACACAUGGACGCGGCUCACUUACACACACACUCCUCAUCUUAUCCCAUCCCUCUACAACCCGUAUACACUUCAUCAUGCUGCUCCCUCGACCCUCUUUUGACUCGGAGCUCGCGCCUAUCCAAGCUGCCUUUGAGCCGUUCGGCCCCAUCACCCCCGAGUUCGUCAUCACGCAUCACGCCCGCACCGACCGUGCCUUAGAAGCCCCACACAUUGCCGCCUCGGAAACAAUACGCGACCGGCCUCUCACGCACUCCGAGCAUACGGCUCCUGGCCUUGGCCCCGACGACCCUCCCAUCGCGCUCUCCAUCUUCACGCCCAACAAUACCACAGUGACUGGUAACCAUCAGCGGCCUUGCAUCUUGUAUGCGCACGGCGGUGGCCUCAUUUUCCUACACCGCCUCGUCGGUCUCUCGCAGCCGCUGGACUGGGCCGUGGCCACUGGCGCCGUGCUUGUAAGCAUCGAAUACCGCCGCGCGCCGGAGGACCCGCAGCCGGCGGCGUCGGACGACUGUUUCGCGGCGCUGAAGUGGGUGCAGGCGUCAGCAGACGCGCUGAGCAUCAACGCUGCGCGCAUCCUGGUGGCCGGUCAAUCGGCAGGCAGUGGGCUGGCUGCCGGGCUGGCGCUGCGGGCGCGCGACGCGGGGCUUGAACCUCCGGUGCACGCGCAGAUGCUGCCGUGCUCAAUGCUCGACGACAGAUGCUACUCCUACUGGGCACCGGCGUGGGCCGAGACACUGGUGGGGCUACCGCCCGCGUACAUCGAGGCAGGCUCCGCCGAGUUCUGCCGUGACGAGGCUGUGGAGUACGCGUCGCGGCUAUGGGCGGCCGGGGUCUCGGCGGAUUUGCACGUGUGGGCGGGCGGCUUCCACGGGUUCGACGAGAUGGCACCGGACUCAUGGCUGGGGCGUCGGGCCAUCGCGGCCAAGCUGGAGUGGGUGCGGCGGGUGCUGAUGGAGUGA